CAAACAGCCAUUUGAUUAUCGACGGCUGCACAAUUGGGAGAAAAUGCAAAUCUUCGUGAAAACCCUGACCGGAAAAACUAUUACGCUCGAGGUCGAAUCGAGCGACACAAUCGACAAUGUCAAGGCCAAAAUCCAAGACAAGGAAGGAAUUCCUCCGGAUCAGCAGCGUCUGAUCUUUGCUGGCAAACAGCUGGAAGAUGGCCGGACGCUUGCCGAUUACAAUAUCCAGAAAGAAUCGACGUUGCAUUUGGUUUUGAGGCUUCGUGGAGGAAUUAUCGAGCCUUCCUUGAUGGCUUUGGCCAGGAAAUAUAACCAGGACAAAAUGAUCUGCCGCAAAUGUUAUGCCCGCCUGCAUCCCCGGGCUGUUAACUGUAGAAAGAAGAAAUGUGGGCACAGUAACCAGUUGAGGCCUAAGAAGAAGAUCAAGUAGACAUCCAGUGUUUUGCAAGUUAUCAACAGUUCCUUGAAAUUUACUCCAUUUGCAACUGCUCUUAUUUGCCUUAUAUUGGGUUUCUUUUGGCUUGGUUCAGAAUAUUAAGAUGUUUUGGAUACUUUAUUACUGCAUUGUGUUUAAUGUCAGAUGAAAUUGACAUCAAAGUUACUAGUUACCUUUUCUUUUUA